AUGCCAAUAAACGAAGCGGCUUUGCCGGCAGCUCUGGCUGCUGGCUGCGACAGCAGUCGGCUGCCUGGGCACCACUUGCACGCAUCCCUGUGUGGAGCCCAUCAUGUACAUUCAAAAGUGAAAGCGGAACACAUUCAACAGGCAGACGAAGGCAUGAAUUUUGGAACUUGGUACACUGAUCUAAACAACAGCGAAAGUCCCUCUUGUGGAGAGCGAGUGAAAAUCGAUGUAGGUGGUACUGUGUUUAAAACUACGCUUUCAACUCUUAGAAGGCUCGAUGAUAGUAUAUACUCUACUUUGACUGGCGGAGGGAAGGGCUGGCGAAAGCAGGAAAAUGACAGGAACAGGAACCCAGUUCUAUUUGUUGACAGGGACCCAACUGAUUUCUCUCAUGUACUCAACUAUUUGAGAGAUGGGAAGAAUGUCGUUUUGCCUGAAGACGACUACACUCUGAAAAGUCUCCGAAGAGAAGCUGAGUUCUACAAUUUGCCUGGCCUUGUCGAGAUCUGCUCUGCCAUGCUGUGCCGUAGAGGAACAAAUAUUGAGGUUUUUUUCUCGAUUUUGCCUCGAUUUAUAUGA